ACAAAGGUCACUCCAGUGCUCAUCUCCACCAGGAUUCCAGACAGGAUCUCAGCAGCUUUCCUUCCCAUCCAGGUGUGUUGGCUCAUAUUGGGUUUCUUGGCACCCAUUUUGCCCCCCAGAUGAAGAGUUUCGGAAGCAAAAUGGCUUCCAGAUAUCUGUCGCCCUCUCCCAUUCCUUCCUUUCUUUUAUUCCUCCUCUUUUCAAGCCAAGAUGCUACAUUAGAACCAUUUAACCCACAACAAUAUUCUCCAUGAUCUUGGAAACCUUAACAUGGCGAUGAAGCAAGCAAGCAAACCUAAAAGUAAACAAAUCCAAAAAUCUUCCCAAAAUUUGAAACAAGCAUUUUCUCCCCAAAAUAGGACUUACCAGGAUGCUUCUCAGCAGAAGAACUGUCCCUAGGAUGCCUUAAAUCAGCAUAAACUAUUUCCCCAGCCAUGGUUGCUCAGAAGGUCCCAGAAGCAGCCCAAAAGUGACACGGUCUUUGGACAACCCCUUGCCUUGUGAACUACGCACUCACAGCUGCAUCUGCUCCAGGAAAUGAAUCCCUGAAGGCUGUUCUGGGGUGCCCUGACGUCUUGGAACAGAGUGAUCUCCAGUAGUGUUUCCUCCAACUGCACACUAAAAAAAGCAUUUUUGGACUGUCCUUCUCCCUAGCUGAGAAAAAAUUCCGGAAAUGCUGGGAAAGAAGGAGCAGGUUGUGCCUCAGCACUGGGCUUGUUCCCACAGAGCAGACACAGGUGAGGCAAGAGCACCUGGGGUGGAACCCCAAAAAUGGAGGAAAUAAGAGUGUAUUCCGGAUUUUUGGGCAUGGAAAGGAACAAGCGGGCAGGUCACAGCAUGGAGAUGAAGCCGGAGGCACGUGUCGCCUGCCAGGUGAUGCUGGCAGUGCUUUUCGCAGCUCUGCUCAUCACAGCCAUCGCUUUUGCAGUGCAAGCUUUUCAGCCUCAUGCCCAGCCCUGCUUUCAGUGCCCCUUUGACUGGAUCAGGUACCGAGGAAAAUGCUACUAUUUUUCUGAGGUUGAAGGGAACUGGACAUCCAGCCAGGACAACUGCUCAGCACUUGGUGCUUCCUUGGCCAUGCUGGACAGCACAGAGGACUUGAGUUUUGUGAUGAGGUACAAAGGCAUCUCAGAGCAUUGGAUUGGCCUUUUGCGGGAGGAUGAGGAGCAGCCAUGGCUGUGGGUGAAUCGCUCACCUCUAUCUCACCUGAGGGCAGCAUGGCCACAGCAGCCACACAAAACCCCUGUGCUGACACUGGCCAGAGAUUCAUCUCUUGGUGCUGAAGGGACAAAAGCCCCUCAGGAGGCAAUGGGUGAGACAACACAGGCUGUGGUCAUGAAGACUUUUGGAGGACCGGAUGAGACCUGUGAGGAGAUGAGUGAAGCUGAGCGGUGCCGCAUCAAGGCUGAGUUUGAGCGGCUGCGCCGGCUGCGGGCAGAGCGGGAGCGCGCUGUGCUGCGGCGGCUGGCUGAGCUGGACGGCACCUUCGCAGCUACCCAGGCCGAAAAAUCAUUGCAGGUGGCCGAGGGAGUUGCACAGCUCCACAGACUCAUCAGGCAGCUGGAGGCCAAAUGCUUGCCCCAGGAUGUUGGGAGGAUCCUAAGCAGCUUGAGUGAAAUGAGGCUCCACCUCCCCUCGGGGCUCCCCAAGCAGCUGGAGAAGAGCCUGAGCUCCUGCUGCCACCAAAGUGAUGCUCUGUGGGAGGCCCUGGAGAAGUUCAGAGCCUCUGUUCUAGGUCAGCUUUCACAAGGCAUCAGUGGCUUCUGCCCCAACCAGCAGCUGGCCAGUGUGGUGGCAGCCGUGCAGGAGCUGGCCCUGCUGCUGGCACAGGAUCUGUGCCACAGGCACCAAUGUCCCCUCAUUGUCUUCUGUCACUGCGACAGAGUCCUCGUCUGCACUGCCUGCACGAGCAUUGUGCCCACCCCACCGUGCUGCUCGAAGAGGCUGCUUGCUGCUACAAGGAGUAUAAACCCCUUUUCCCUGCAGAAGCAGUUUGAAGCUUCCCAAAAAACCCUGUAAGAGGAGGACAAGUGACAUGCUGGGCUGACUGAGGCAGCAGAGCAGACAAGACAGGAGAUGCUGACUCGAGGCAGGGCUGACAAGCAGA